UCUUCUCAAUAAAUGAAAAUGAUUACAUUGUUUUGAUAUGCAAACCCAAAGUAACCUGUUUAAAUUGGCUUUAACAAGAGUUCAGAUGUCAGUCUUUCUAAACAUGCAUUUAUUAUUUCCCUUUUUUAUUUUAUUAUUCAGUCCUUUAAUUUGUCAGGCUACACCUUGCAUUUAUGCAUUAACAAGCUCAUCUGGCCACUGCUGUUAAAAUGAUUUUGAACUUGCAUUGUCGAUGAAUUUAACAUGGUUUCUUACUCAAACUCCAAUUCAAGAACUUGAAGUUUAUCAGAUACUUAAUGCAUUUGAAGAUUCAUCAGAAUGCAUAUCUCUUUGUGAUAUGGUGCUACCAGAACUUCCAUCUAUUGAAUCUAAAUUGUGUUUAGUGCAGUAUUUGGUAAAGAAUGAUUUUCCAUCUGACAAACAUUAUCAUUAUUUUAACAUGUUACUUGGAUUAAAAAUGCUUUCUGCUAUAAAAUCGGGCAAUAAAGAUGGUUAUGCUGAUUUAAUUGCUCAUCCUUAUCUUCUUUUGGAACAAAUGCUUAUGAAUGCAGAAUUGAAAGAUGCUGAAGAAGCUCUAAAAGCCAUAAUUAACGAUUUGGAACCUCAGAAUGAAACAGCUCCCAUUAUGAGUCUUUCAUCUGUUAAUCAGUUAGUUGAAGAUUAUGCUUCAAAAGCACUGGAAGUCCAUUUUCUAGAUGCAUUAUUAGGUUUGUAA